CUUGGUUACCGCGUUCCCCGCCCCUCGCGCGUCAUCGCUCUGAGCCCGCUCUCAGCUGCCAGCGCGGGCCCCACCCGAGACCGUGGGGCCCCGGUUGCCGCCCCCUCAGGAGCCACCAUGUUGGUGAUCCCCCCCGGACUGAGCGAGGAGGAGGAGGCCCUGCAGAAGAAAUUCAGCAAACUGAAGAAGAAGAAAAAGGCAUUGCUGGCUCUGAAGAAGCAAAGUAGCAGCAGCACAGCCAGCCAAGGUGGCGUCAAGCGCUCGCUGUCGGAGCAGCCUGCGGUGGACACAGCCACGGCCACAGAGCAGGCAAAGCAGCUGGUGAAGUCAGGAGCCAUCAGUGCCAUCAAGGCUGAGACCAAGAACUCAGGCUUCAAACGCUCGCGAACCCUAGAGGGCAAGUUAAAGGACCCUGAGAAGGGGCCGGCGCCCACCUUCCAGCCGUUCCAGAGGAGCAUAUCCGCGGACGACAACCUGCAGGAGUCCUCCAGACGCCCCCAGAGGAAGUCUCUGUAUGAGAGCUUUGUGUCUUCUAGCGAUCGCCUCCGAGAGCUGGGGCCGGAUGGAGAAGAAGCCGAGGGCCCGGGGGGUGGCGACGGCCCCCCUCGGAGCUUUGACUGGGGCUACGAAGAGCGCGGCGGUGCCCGCUCCUCCGCCUCCCCUCCCCGAAGCCGCAGCCGGGACCGCAGCCAUGAGAGGACCCGGGACAGAGAGCGGGAGCGGGAGCGGGAGCGGGACAGAGACCGGGAGCGGGACAGAGACCGGGAGCGGGACAGAGAGCGGGAGCGUGACCGCGAGCGGGACCGGGACAGAGAGCGCGAGCGGGACCGAGACCGGGAAGGGCCUUUCCGCCGGUCAGACUCAUUCCCCGAGCGCCGGGCCCCUCGGAAGGGGAACACGCUCUACGUCUACGGGGAGGACAUGACGCCCACGCUGCUCCGCGGGGCCUUCUCUCCCUUCGGGAACAUCAUCGACCUCUCCAUGGACCCGCCUAGAAACUGUGCCUUCGUCACCUAUGAGAAGAUGGAGUCGGCAGACCAGGCUGUUGCCGAGCUCAACGGGACCCAGGUGGAGUCCGUGCAGCUCAAAGUCAACAUCGCCCGCAAACAGCCCAUGCUGGACGCGGCUACCGGCAAGUCUGUCUGGGGCUCCCUCGCUGUCCAGAACAGCCCUAAGGGCUGCCACCGGGACAAGAGGACUCAGAUUGUCUACAGUGAUGAUGUCUACAAGGAGAACCUUGUGGAUGGCUUUUAGGGUGUGAAGCCGGAUUCCCCCAAUGCUGGUCUCCGUCUCGGUCUCAGUAAAAUGCCGAGGCGGGAGCUCACACCUCCUCAGCCUCCGGUCUCUCAGCA